UGUUCUGACGAAUGCAGCAAGCACUGUGUGAAUAAAUCUUGCAAUUACGUAACUGGUUCCUGCAAUAAUGGUUGCAUGCCGGGAUGGAGGAAUGACAAAUGCAACAAAAAAUGUAGUAAUGGAACGUUUGGAAAUAUGUGUGAAGAGGAAUGCAGUGGAAAUUGUUUGAGCAAUGAAACUUGUUAUCAUGUCGAUGGUCAUUGUUUGCAUGGAUGUCAGUCAGGAUUUCAAGGCGAGAAAUGUGACGCUCCUUGUGACUUGGGACACUUCGGCAAAAAUUGCUCGCAGAUUUGUUCUGUAAAUUGCUAUGAUAAGUGUGAUAAUAUUAAUGGACAAUGCAAAUGUAAAAGAGGAUGGAUGGGGAGAAAUUGUUCCGAAGUGUGCUCCUCUGGAUAUUAUGGUGUUAAUUGUGAAGAACGCUGCAGUGUGAACUGUCUGAGGAACGAAUCGUGUAACGUAAAAAAUGGAAGUUGUCCGAGUGGUUGUCAAGAGGAUUAUGAGGGUGAUACGUGUCAGCGAUUAAAAGGACCUGCAUUAAACACAUCUGAGAAAAAUAAAGAAAAUGUUAUAUAUGGUGUGGUCAGUGGUGUUGUAUUAGUAAUUGUCUUAGUCGUCGUGAUAUUCAUAUGGAGACGAAGAACGAGUCCCGCAUCAAAAGGAACCGACGGAAGUCAACAAAGUUUUGAAUUUGUUUUACACAGCACUAAAGAAGAUAAACUAACAAAUGGUGUGUAA